CUUGUCUCAUUUCCAGGCGCCACCGCAGUUCCGCGUCUUCCGGCGCGCCGCCCGGCCGUGGGUCCGGUGGGGAGCGGUACGCUGCGUCCGGGACAGGAGGCCAGCGCUGCCCUCCUGCUUCCGCGCGCGCGUGCCGCCUGCCCCGAACCUGUCCCGAACCUGUCCCGAACCUGUCCCAGGCCAAGCCGCCAUCCGCGCUCUCGGCUCCCCGGCCGCCUCGUUAUCGCGCCCGUUCUCAGCCGGGCCCUCCGUCCGCCCCGGGUCGCCGGCGACCUCCCGCAGCUGAGGCUCCGACGGGCGGUGGACGCCCCCGAUGUGGCCGCGCUACCCGGAGCGCGCUAAGCGCGUCCGGUGGCUUCUCUGCAGGGCGAGCGGGUGAGGCCCCCGCGCCGGCUCCGGCGGCCAUGACGGCCGCCUGGAAGGGCGCCCUCUUGCUGCUCCUGGCGGCGCGGGCGGCGUCCUGGGGCAGUGCCUCGGAGGAGGAGGACGAGGACGUCCCGGCGGAAUGGGUCCUGCUGCACGUCGUCCCUGGCCAUGUGGGCGCCGGCAACUACAGCUACCUGCGGCUGAUCCACGAGGGCAGGAUCGUGCUCGCGAUGCGCAGCGUGCGGGGCGACGCGGACCUCUACGUGUCCGACCGCACGCUGCACCCGAGCUUCGACGACUACGAGCUGCAGGCUGCCACCUGCGGCCUCGACGUGGUGGCGGUGCCCGCGCACUUCCAGCGCCCGGUGGGCAUCGGCGUGUACGGGCACCCGUCCCACCGCGACAGCGAGUUUGAGAUGAAGCUGUACCUGGACACCACAGCGCCGCUCGGUGACGGCGCCCCCACGGACGGCGCGGGCACCGGCGCCCAGCACGCACAGGACCCCGAGGGCGCGCCCCGGGAGGAGGAGUCCGUGCUCUGGACCGUUCUCAUCAGUCUGUUGAAAUUGGUCCUUGAAAUCCUUUUCUGAUGGUUGGAGCGCGCCCUGGACAGUGACCCCGAACCUAUGUGGGUGGCCGCCCUGCGCCGUAAAUGGGCUCCUCGUACUUGGCUGGAAACUCAUACUUUCUCCAGUUGGGGGAUGGGAAAUAAAGCCAUACAGUUGUGUUACCUCAAUUAGCACAGAGGAGGAGCAGCAGCCUGUUCGAGAUCUGUUUUCCUUCAAAGAUUAAAAUUCCCGUAAAAGGAGUCUGUACAAUAAAAUGUUUGAACUUGG